AUGGAAUAUGCAAUUAUUUCACAUAACAUUGAUUUUGUUACAUUUUUGAUGAAUGAAUACAAUAUAGAUAUUGAUUUAGAUUGCUGUGGAACUUAUAAUAAUCUUGAUGCAUUAUUAGUUUAUUAUGAUCAAACUAAUGAUAUCAACAAAUGCUUUAUCCAUUCAACUGUUUUCAAUAAUCUAUCUCUUUGUGAAUAUUUUCUUUCACUUGGUGCAAAUAUCAACGCAAAUGAUGAAUAUGGGAGAACAGCUCUCCAUUUUUCAGUUGAUUCAGGAUACAAAGAAAUAAUUGAAUUUCUUCUUUCACAUGGUGCGAAUAUAAAUGAAAAAGAUAGAGACGAAACAACCCCUCUUCAUAUUGCUACCGAUCAUGAAGAUGAAACAAUAGUUGAACUUCUUCUUUCACAUGGCGCAAAUGUAAAUGAAAAAGAUAACGAAGGAAGAACAUCACUUCCCAUUGCGACAAUUGAAAAUAAUCAAACAAUAAUCGAACUUCUCUUAUCAUAUGAUGCAAAUGUAAAUGAAAAAGAUAAAAAAGGAAGAACAUCGCUUCACAUUGCCACAUCUCAUAUCAAUAGUGUUCUCCAUUUUUUACUUGAUUCAGGAUACAAAGAAAUAAUUGAACUUCUUCUUUCACAUGGAGCAAAUGUAAAUGAAAAAGAUAACGAAGGAAGAACAUCGCUUCACAUUGCAAUAUCUCAUAUCAAUAAUGCUCUCCUUUUUUCACUUGAUUCAGGAUACAAAGAAAUAAUUGAACUUCUUCUUUCACAUGGAGCAAAUGUAAAUGAAAAAGAUAACGAAGGAAGAACAUCGCUUCACAUUGCAAUAUCUCAUAUCAAUAGUGUUCUCCAUUUUUUACUUGAUUCAGGAUACAAAGAAAUAAUUGAACUUCUUCUUUCACAUGGAGCAAAUGUAAAUGAAAAAGAUAACGAAGGAAGAACAUCACUUCACAUUGCGACAAUUGAAAAUAAUCAAACAAUAAUCGAACUUCUCUUAUCAUAUGAUGCAAAUGUAAAUGAAAAAGAUAAAAAAGGAAGAACAGCGCUUCACAUUGCCACAUAUCAAGACAUUGAAGAGAAGUUUAAUUAUUUAUAUUUUCAUAAUGCAUUUAAAGAUGAAGACGAUGCAGAUGGAGCACUUUUCAUUUACAGGUUCAUUGUGGAAUUUCUUGUUUCUCAUUGCGCGAAUGUCAAUGAAAAAGACAACGAAGGAAGAACAGCUCUACAUUAUGCAGUAAUUGACAAUGAUAAAGAAAAUGUCGAACUUCUUCUUUCAAAUGGUGCAAAUGUAAAUGAAAAAGACAACGAAGGAAGAACAUCACUUCACAUUGCGACAAUUGAAAAUAAUCAAACAAUAAUCGAACUUCUCUUAUCAUAUGAUGCAAAUGUAAAUGAAAAAGAUAAAAAAGGAAGAACAGCGCUUCACAUUGCCACAUAUCAAGACAUUGAAGAGAAGUUUAAUUAUUUAUAUUUUCAUAAUGCAUUUAAAGAUGAAGACGAUGCAGAUGGAGCACUUUUCAUUUACAGGUUCAUUGUGGAAUUUCUUGUUUCUCAUUGCGCGAAUGUCAAUGAAAAAGACAACGAAGGAAGAACAGCUCUACAUUAUGCAGUAAUUGACAAUGAUAAAGAAAAUGUCGAACUUCUUCUUUCAAAUGGUGCAAAUGUAAAUGAAAAAGACAACGAAGGAAGAACAGCUCUACAUUAUGCAGCAAUUGGCGAUGAUAAAGAGAUAGUCGAACUUCUUGUUUCACAUGGUGCAAAUGUAAAUGAAAAGGAUAACAAAGGGAGAACGGCCCUUAAUAUUGCAACUAGUAAUGAAAGUAAAGAAAUUAUUGAAUUUCUUGUUUCACAUGACUCAAAAAUCAAUGUAAAAAAUAAACAAAAGAUUAAUACAUCACGAUGCUGUAGAUUGCAAUAA